AUGGCUGUAGGGGACUAUGAGGAGGUUCUCAAGUACUACGAGUUACAUGAAACCAUUGGAACAGGUGGGUUUGCCAAGGUAAAACUUGCGCGACAUCUUCUCACCGGUGAACAAGUUGCAAUAAAAAUCAUGGACAAACUUGCUCUAGGGGAUGACUUGCCUCGUGUUAAAGUAGAAAUUGGUGCCAUGAAGAACUUAAGUCACCAGCAUAUUUGCCAGUUGUAUCACGUGAUAGAGACAUCCAAGAAAAUAUUCAUGGUCCUAGAGUACUGCCCUGGAGGAGAGCUGUUUGACUACGUAGUUUCAAAGGACCGCCUUUCGGAAGAGGAAGCUCGUGUAUUUUUUCGACAGAUUGUUUCAGCAAUUGCUUAUGUUCACAGUCAGGGAUAUGCUCACAGGGAUCUCAAACCAGAAAAUCUGCUGAUUGAUGAGGAUCAUAAUUUGAAGCUGAUAGACUUUGGGCUUUGUGCAAAGCCAAAGGGUGGCCUUGAUUACCACCUGAAGACAUGCUGUGGAAGCCCAGCUUAUGCAGCCCCAGAGCUGAUUCAGGGCAAGGCGUAUAUUGGCUCAGAGGCAGAUAUUUGGAGCAUGGGAGUACUGCUGUAUGCUCUGCUGUGUGGCUUUCUCCCCUUUGAAGAUGACAAUGUCAUGGCUCUCUACAGGAAGAUAACAAGAGGAAAGUACAGUAUUCCGAAGUGGCUCUCUGCUAGCAGUACGCUACUGCUUGACCAAAUGCUGCAGGUGAAUCCGAAGAAGCGGAUUACAGUUAAACAUCUACUAAGUCACCCUUGGCUCAUGGAAGGUUAUUCUGAUGCUGUUCAGUGGCAAAGUAAAUAUUCACUGGGACAUCUUGAUGAAUACUGCAUAACAGAGCUUUCCAUGUUUCAUAAACUGAGCAGCGAGACCAUAUCAGAAUUGAUAUCAGAGUGGAAGUAUGACCAAAUGUCAGCAAUGUAUCUCUUGCUUCAGUCCAAGAAGGCUCGUGGCAAGUGUGUUUGCUUGAGGGUUCCAUGUCUAGCAGAGCAUGCCAGUACAGCACAAUCAGCAACUCUCCAGUCUGGAAGAGCUAUGACAUAUGAAAAUGUACCACACUGCAGUGAAGUGUCAGAUGGAUUCGGAUCCAGGGAAUUUUCUGAUGCAGCUUCACUAUUUGAAGAAUCUCCGCUGGAAGAAUUUACGCUAAAUGCUCCUGGAAUAAAGCGGCAUUCAGGGCAUGAUGCUGCUCAACUGGAUGAUAUGGAAUUUGCACUGUCAACUCCAGUGACAAGGAAUGUGGCAUCUAAGAACCAUGAAAACAAAGAGAAUGUUGAUACAGAGUCAGCUUUAAGAAAUGAAAUGCCCUUUGCGCUUCCUGCUCCAAAGACUCCUUUUCUGAAGAAUCAGAUUGAGACGCAAGUACAAACCAUACCCUUUCAGGCACCUGUCUUCAAAGAGAGCCAGUUCACUGCAGUCACCCCAAUUAAGAAAUCCACAAACCCAACAAACACCGGUGAAUUGACAGCAGCUGAGGUUCUUUCCGAAAGGAGUCAUUCAGUGGAAUUAGGUCUCAACCUAGCUCAUGAGGAUAGCAGCCAAAGGAAGAGAAAAGCUAAAUUAUUUGGGAGUCUUGAAAGAGGGCUAGAUAAAGUGAUCAUGAUGCUUACGCCAAGCAAAAAGAAAAAAUUCACCAGAGAUUGUCCGAGGAAACUUAAGGCACACUAUAAUGUUACCACCACUCAGCUGCUGAAUCCAGACCAACUGUUGAAUGAAAUAAUCACCGUUCUUUCGAAGAAGCAUGUGGAAUAUGUUCAGAAGGGUUAUACCCUGAAAUGUCAGACACGGUCAGAUUUUGGCAAAGUAACUAUGGUGUUUAAGUUAGAAGUGUGUCAGCUCAGCAAACCUGAAGUAGUGGGUAUCCGCCAACAACGGCUUAAAGGUGAUGCCUGGGUCUACAAGAGACUGGUGGAAGACAUCUUAUUCAGCUGCCAAGUGUGA